AUGGCCUCCCCGCCCGACAACUCUUCCAUCCUCAAUGGGUCUAUCUCCAGCUCACCCAGGCAGAUUAGGAGCGACCAGUCUCCCGUCCGUCACCGUCAGAGCAGCGGAAGCGAGAUCAACGAACCUCCGUCCCGUCCCCGGCUUUCGCCUACCCUCUCGAGGUCGUACAACCCCCACGACCCCGACGCCCGCGAGCGGCAGCGCACCAUGGAUGCCGACAUGGCCAUGCAGCUGUCUCGCGCGCGCAGCGGGACGAUAGUCAUGCCCUCGCCAAUCACGCCUCCGCCCCUCUCUCCAAUCGCUCGCCGGGCUUCUAUCGACGAGCCACGCUUUCCUGCGCUCUCACUUCAGGAGCAACAGGCUAUCGACGAGGCCAGAGGGGCACCGCAGCUGCAAGUGGACGUCGAGCGUCCAGAGCAAUACCAGCAUCCCGGACCGACGCCUGGAGAUGAGCUGCUCAACAAUCAUCUCAGUGCCGGUCAUGACCCUGCUCUCCUGGUCUCGCUCGACGUCCCAUACCACGAUGACGCUGCAAUGGGUGGACUGCCAAUGUACCAGGCGACGGUCGAGCGCACG